CUCUCUCUCUCUCUCUCUCUCUCUAGUUAUUGAUUUGUCAAUUAACUGUUAAAUCUUUUGAGAAAAGAAAACAAGAAAGGAAAUGGAUCUAUUGUCAAGAAAAGCUACAUGCAACAGCCAUGGCCAAGACUCUUCGUAUUUCCUUGGAUGGGAAGAGUAUGAGAAAAAUCCUCACGAUGUCGUCAAGAAUCCUCACGGCAUUAUCCAGAUGGGUCUUGCGGAAAAUCAGCUAUGCUUCGAUCUUUUAGAGUCAUGGCUUAUACAAAACCCGGACGCGGCCAGUUUCAAGAGAGACGGACAGUCUAUUUUCCGGGAACUCGCUCUCUUUCAAGACUAUAAUGGCCUCUCUUCCUUCAAAAAAGCGUUGGCUGAUUUCAUGUCCGAAAAUAGACAAAACCGAGUUUCUUUCGAUUCGAAGAAUCUUGUCCUCACGGCUGGAGCAACUUCUGCAAACGAAACUCUAAUGUUUUGUCUUGCAAAUCCUGGAGACGCUUUCUUGCUUCCCACGCCGUACUAUCCAGGGUUUGAUAGAGAUCUAAAAUGGCGAACUGGGGUUGAGAUUGUACCGAUCCAAUGCUCAAGUAGGAACGGGUUUUGCAUAACAAAACUUGCACUCGAAGAAGCCUACGAGCAAGCCAAGAAGCUUAACCUAAACGUCAAAGGAGUUCUCAUAACCAACCCAUCUAACCCUUUGGGCACGACAGCAACCCAAACCGAACUUAACAUUCUAUUUGAAUUCAUCUCUAAGAAUAAGAAUAUACAUCUAGUAAGCGACGAGAUCUAUUCAGGAACAGCCUUUAGCUCUUCAGAAUUCAUCAGUGUCAUGGAGAUUCUCAAAACCAACCAACUCGAAAACACCGAUGUUUUUAAACGUGUCCACAUUGUUUAUAGCUUAUCUAAAGAUCUAGGCCUCCCUGGUUUUCGAGUUGGAGCUAUUUACUCCAACGACAAAGAUGUCAUCUCCGCCGCUACAAAAAUGUCUAGCUUCGGCCUUGUCUCCUCCCAAACACAAUAUCUAUUAUCCUCAUUAUUAUCCGACAAGAAAUUCACCAAAAACUACCUUAGAGAAAACCAAAGACGGCUCAAUAAUAGACAAAGAAUGCUCGUGACUGGUCUAGAGGCCAUAGGGAUCGGAUGUCUCAAGAGCAAUGCGGGACUCUUCUGUUGGGUCGACAUGAGACAUCUCCUUAGCUCCAAAACGUUCGAAGCCGAGAUGGAUCUUUGGAAGAAGAUUGUUUACGAAGUGAAGCUCAACAUCUCUCCUGGUUCGUCGUGCCAUUGUGAAGAACCUGGCUGGUUUAGGGUUUGUUUCGCGAACAUGAGUGAGGAGACAUUGAAGCUUGCUAUGAAGAGAUUAAAGAAGUUCGUUGAUAAUGGAACCUUAAGUAGAAGUUGCCAAGUUGGUGAAAGCCAAAGCUUAAAGAGUUCGAGGAAGAAGACAACGACUACAGUUUCUAACUGGGUUUUCCGACUGUCGUUCCACGACCGUGACACGGAGGAACGAUAGUCCGGUUAUAUUUCAAGUUUAAUAUUUUAUUUAUAUAUACAUAUUGUCAUUUUGAUGUAUUUUUAUUACCAGACUUGUAUUUUGGUAUAUAGCUGUUGGAGAGAAAGUGACGCACUCCGCACGUGUAUAUGCUGCGGCUCUUUUUCGAAUGAAAAUAAAAUUGAACCUUCA